CCUUGCUUGUACUAAGUAGUAGGUAGUGAGCCUUUUCACACUGGACCACUUUCCUCGUCAGCAAAAAGAAUGAAUGCAGCAGCUAGAGAUCAGGGCGAAUGCAGCCUAGCGAAUGCGUGGGCAGCAGGCUUGAUUGGCGCUGGCAGCACUUGGAUCUUUCUCUGAGAAGAGUGCGGCAAGGCAUGGGGUGGCGACGAGAGCUCUGCUUGUAGGCACGUUAAACAUAAAGGAGCAUGCCUGGAGCAUGCCGGUUCGUCUGGUCAGUAGUGACCAGAGUGAUCCCAGAGUUGAUCCAAGAGCUGGAUCCACAGAAUCAGUAAUGUUGCGGCUUGAUUGCGUCACAUAGUGCUGGGUCCUAUCGUUUAGAUCAGUACCCUUGCUUCAGCCAAUAGAUUGUGAUCGGAGUGCACUCCUGAACAAAGCCAAAAUGCUUGUGUUGCUUGAGUGGCAAGUUGGGAAAGCAAAGUUAAACUUAAAAGAAGAAAAAAGCAAUCUGCCACUUGAGUUGCACUUGUCUUGAGACAGAUCUUCCAGACAAAGUCUUUGGAUCUGUUCAUCAGCUGUUGAUGUCAGGUGGGGAUGCUGGAGAUGAAGAGCUGCUUUAGGGUGUUGGCUAGUAGUCCAGGGGAACAGACCUACUGAUUUGUACCCCUCAUUGGAACAGCCUGACAGGCCUCCUUAGGUUGCAGCAUGGCUUUCUUGAGCAGCGACAUCAGCAAGGGUCUGGGCAAGCUGGAUACUGUGCUGGCCGCCCCCCUGAGCGACUUCAAGCACACCACCCUGAUCAGCAUCGUGGCGGUCAUCAUUUGGUUGGGUGGCAUCCAUGUGUCGCUGCUGUGCUUCCUCUUUGCCCUCUUCACGCUCCCCUCCAUGGCAGCAUACACAAUUCUGGCCAUUCAGUUGAGCUUGGUCUGCCUGCCUGUUGGAGAAAAGCCUUACUUUGGAGAGAUGGUGGCCAAGUUUGUGUCUGACCAUGCGCCCAAGUUCUUCCCCCUGGAAUUCAAGAUGGAGAACAGGGAGGCGUUUGACACUGAGAAGACAUAUGUUAUUGCCUUGGAGCCUCACUCAAUAUUCCCCAUCGGAGUGGUGGCCAUGACGCGCCAGGCGGGCCGCAUGCCCCUUCAAAAGAUGAAGUGCCUGGCAUCCAGCGCGAUCUGGUGCAUCCCGUGGGUGCGCCACCUGUGGUCGUGGCUGGGCCUGACCCCCGCCAGCCGCCAAAAUUUCCGGAAGCUUCUCUCUGAAGGCUACUCCACCGUGCUCAUUCCCGGGGGAGUGCAGGAGUGUCUCCACCUCCGACCCGGCGCCGAGGUGGUAUUUCUAAAGCAGCGCACUGGUUUCAUCCGCAUGGCCAUGGAAGCGGGGGCACCGCUCGUGCCCGCCUUCUGCUUCGGCCAGACCAACACCUACCGGUAUUGGAAGCCGAAAGGGGAGUGGUUUGCCCGCCUGUCCCGCUCCCUGGGCUUCACGCCCCUUUUCUUCUGGGGGUGGUGCGGGACCCCGCUCCCGUUCCCCGAGCCGAUGCUCCUGGUGGUGGGCAGCCCCAUCGACGUCCCAAAGAACCCCGAGCCCACCCGGGAAGAGAUUUUGGGGACGCAGGAGAAGUUCCUGGCCGCCAUGACGGCUCUCUUCGAGAAGUACAAGGAGGAAGCCGGGUACCCCGACCUGACCCUUGAGAUCCGAUGAUAAGCUUGGUCCGAUGUACAGCCCACCCAUCUUCUCGUCCGCAUUUUUCCACAGCGUUUCUCCAGCUGGAGGAACCACGGUAGAUGAACGUUCCUGAACUUCAAUACUGCCUGCGCAUGCAUAGAGAGUGUACUACACAGUAGGAGGACAUUCCUCCUUACAGACAAACACAGGUUGUUGAUACAACAUACAAUAUACUGUAAGGUCGUUGAGAGUUGUCCCUGAAAGAACUCGAUCCUGUUAAGCCAGAAGCCUCGAACGUCAAACGUUGCUUAUCGAGAAUCAGUUCUGUAGCCGAAAGUAUAUACCAACCGUCUAUAGAUGAACCUACAUUAUCCCGACAAUUGUCGAAUCGACAGGGGUUGACAGUCAAGCUUGCAGCCAAGAAGCUGCAAUCAAUCCGUGCCCAAGGAGAAAAG